UGAAAGCCACUGCUUCACAUAAUAAUUCUGCUCAGUUAAGGCUGUAAGAAGUGAAGUUCCUUUCAGAGUCAUAUAGACUUAUAAGGGCCAAUUUCCCCAGUUUCCCUGGCGGAUAAAUUCCCCACCAGGAUGGGACGCCAGUCCCUCACAGGAUUAACUCAUUUUUGCCAGCAGAGUAGAUUGGAGCAAUGGGAAAUGGGAAAUGAAGGGUUGUGCUCGAGAACACAACACAUUGCCCAGUCCAGGAAUCGAAACCACAAUCUUACGAUCAUGAGUCCAACACCCUCACCACUGAGCCACACAAAUUAAGGCUGACCUUGGACUAAACAGCAACAUCAGCAGCAGCAGCAGCAGUAAAUUGAACAACAGUGUAAUAUCAUGUGAUUUGAGUGGAUUUAUAUUGAAAGAAAAUAAACGAGAAGUUCCCUUGACAUGAUGUUGGCCACUCUAGGGAUGUUGUAUUCACGUGAAACUCCUGUCUCCCAUUCUAUGAAGAAUUCUUCAAAGAAACAAAAAACCAUGUCUUCAAAGGCAGAUAUCCUAAAGUCACAAGUUGACUGGAACUAUUCUCAUAGAGCAACAGAGAUGAUGGGAGACUGGCCAGCCAUGACUCUCACCCAGAACACUCCACUCCAAUACAGAUACAACAUACGACCGGAUGUUAGUGUCAGCUUAAACUCCACUCAAUUGUCAUCAAGUUUCAGUGACACUCAUCAAAUAUUUUCUACCAGCAACAACAAGAUCAACAACAACAACACCGUCAACAACGACAUCAACAAUGACAACAGCAAUAACAAGAACGACGCUGAUGACCCUCCAUACUCAAAACUUUGUGCAAGCCCAUGCCCGUAUCCGAUUUCGGCGUCCAAGUUUGUUUCUAUUCAUUGCCCAUCAUCCGUAGUAGCAGUACCAUCACAUCCUCCACCACUACCACCACCACCACGGCCAAUGCUAGCGCCUCUACUGCAGCCUGUAACGAUGCAUCCACUGCUACUGCCACUACCACUGCGAGUGGCGCUGCCGCAUCCACCGCUACCGCUGCCGUCAUCGCUACCACUAACGUUCUACUGAUACCAGUAAGAGAGAAGAGGAAGGGGAGUGAAAAGAGGGAUAGUGAGAGAGAGAGAGAGAGAGAAAGGGAGAGAGUGGGUCA